CCUUCUGGUAAGCAUUUCAUUUCCAUUUCAUUUCAUGGCUUUUGGAGGUCUGAAAACAGCCCACCUCUCUUCACCCAAACACUUCAACCCUUCCCAUCUCUUCCAAUUUCUUCUUCUCCCAACCAUUCCUUCCCAUCAAACACUCCUUCCCCCACCUAUCCAAUUCCACUCAAACUCUAAUUAUUCUCCAAACACUCGCUCUGUUGCCGCCCAAGAACUCUCCGCCGUCUUUUCCAAACACCACCCAUCGCUUCCGGACAAUACCCACUUGCAAAAUCUUGCUGAGAAGCUAACUCCUGAAACCGUCGAGACCGUCCUAAAAGAUUUGAAGGGAUGGCGAACUGCACACCAAUUCUUCUCCUGGGCUGCGCAACAAGAUGGGUUCGUGCACAAUCGUUACACUUACAACACCAUGGCCUCGAUCCUCUCCCGGGCCCGCCAGGAAUCCCUAUUGAAAAUCCUAGCCAAGGAUGUAGUGAAUCACUCAUGCCCUAUGAGUCCCGGUGCGUUGGGGUUUCUUUUCAGGUGCUUGGGUAGUCAAGGAUUGAUCGACGAAGCCCAGUAUCUCUUCGACAAUGCAAAGCGGCUGAAUUGUGUUCCGAACACCUACACUUACAACUGUUUGUUGGAAGCUCUUGCAAAAUCUGGUCGGGUUGAAUUGGUUGAGACGAGGUUUAAGGAAAUGGUGGGUUCAGGGCGGGAGCCCAAUAAGUUCACUCUCAUGCCUGUCUUGCAGGCUUACUGCAAUGCUGGGAAAUUCGAACAAGCGUUGGCUGUUUUUGAUCGGAUUUAUAACAGUGGGUGGGCUGACGAGCAUGUGUUCACAGUGCUCGUGGUCUCUUUUAGCAAGUGGGGUGAGGUUGAUAAGGCAUUCAAACUGAUUGAGAGAAUGGAACGUCUUGGGAUGAGAUUGAAUGAGAAGACACUUUGUGUUUUGAUUCACGGUUUCACAGAGGAAAGGAGAGUGGACAAGGCACUCGUGCUUUUUGAUAGGAUUAAGGAGUUUGGUUUUGAGAGGAAUUUGGCUCUUUACAGUGUCUUGAUUGGGGGGCUUUGUGUGAGGAAGGAUUUGAACAAGGCUUUGGAUUUGUAUUGGGAAAUGAAGGAGUUGGGGAUCUUUCCUGAUGUUGGUGUAAUUAAAAAGAUGAUUUUGGCAUUUUGUGGAGAAGGUGAAAUGAUCACUGCAGAACGAAUACUUGAGGAAGAUAGUGAAAAAUUGGAUGUUGAUGCUUUGGUUUUGCUUUUUAAUGCAGUUCUAGAGGGGCUUACAAAUCAUGGUGAGGUAGAUAAAGCUCGACUUCUCAUUCAAGCGAUGAUGGAAUCUCAAGAGGUACAUCCUGCUCAGGGGAAGGCAGUGGAGAGCGUUAUAGAUGAUAUUACUGAAGCUGUAACUGGUAACCUUUUUAGGUUUAAGAAAGUUGUCCUCCCAAAUGCUGCUUCUUUUAAUAUCGUGAUUGAUGGUUUAUGCAAGACCCAAAAGUUGGAUAUGGCGCUAGAGCUCUUACGAGAUAUGGUUGUAAUGGGCUGUGCUGGAAAUGUGUUGAUUUAUAAUAAUUUGAUUCAUGAGCUGUGUAAUAUGGAUAGAUUGGAUGAGAGUUACGAGCUUUUGAGAAAAAUGAAGGAGUCCGGAUUUGAGCCAACACAUUUCACCUAUAAUUCAAUAUUUGGCUGCCUGUGCAGAAGAGAAAACUUGUCAGGCGCCCUUGAUCUGGUCAUUGAGAUGCGGCGUAAUGGGCAUGAACCAUGGAUAAAGCAUUGCACCAUGCUCGUGAAACAACUUUGUGAGGGAGGAAAAGUAAUGGACGCUUGUAGUUUUCUUAAUGAUAUGGUUCGAGCGGGCUUUCUCCCAAACAUCAUUGCAUAUACUGCGGCCAUGAAGGGGCUUUUCAAGGCUGGUGAAGUGGACCAAGCUUUGAAGCUUUUCCGCAGCAUGUUCGUGAAUCAGUAUCUUCCCGAUGUUGUUGCUCACAACAUUGUCAUAGACGGCCUUUGCAAGGCGGGAAGAGCAUUUGAGGCCCAAGAAAUUGUGAAGGAGAUGUUGGAGAAGGGACUUGUGCCGUCUGUUGUUACCUACAACUCGAUGAUAGAUGGGUGGUGCAAGAGUGAUAGGAUUGACCUUGCGCUCCUUUGCUUUUCUAGAAUGGUGGAAGAAGGCAAGUUGCCGACGAUUUUUACCUACACAACUUUAAUAGAUGGGAUGUGCAAUGCUUCAAGACCUGAUGAUGCUCUUAUUCUUUGGAAUGAAAUGAAGGAGAAGGGAUGUGAGCUGAGCAAGAUAUCUUAUGUGGCCUUGGUCAAUGGACUAUGCAAGUGUGGUAGGGAAGAAGCUGCUCUAGUCUAUUUCCGGGAGAUGGAAGAGAAGGAACUGGAAGUUGAUACUUUUGUCUAUGUCGCACUUUUAAAUUCUUUUAUCUCCAAAGGAAAUCUAAUAUUCGGUUUUCAACUUUUGAAAGAGAUGGUCCGAAAGCUGAAGUUUCCCAGUCCUACCGAUAAGAACUACCCAUUACUAAUAGAUGCUCUACGCAAGUUGUAUGAAGAUGAAAAUACUUUUUUGGAUGUACAAAAUCUUAUUGCAGAGGGGUUAGUUCCAUCAAUCCACAGCGUUCAUGACCUUGGUACGGAUAUCAAGGAAACGUAAAACUAACAACUGAGAACUUCAGAAUUGUGGAUCGUGUGAUGUUGCUUGUUGGGCCAGUUGGAAUAUUGAUUUCGCAUGUAAGGCCUAUAUGGCUUCUGAUUCUUGCUUCAAAGGUCUCUGGGAAUAUCGAUUCGGCAUGUUAAGCCUAUAAGGGCUUAUGAUUCUUGCUUCAAUGGUCUUAGGAAUUGUUUGAUAAUUCAGUUUGAUCAUGAUCAAGCACUCAAGGUUCCUUGUCCUUUCAUUGGCAAUCUAAACUGAAUAUCUACAAGAAAGUCAGGCAAGCUCGUAUGGAUUUCUGAUCUUUCAUAUGCCACAUGAGUGAUAGGCUGUGAUUCAUUUUUUGAGAUUGCUGUUGAGAAGAUUAUGUGAUUUGGAGGUGCUAGCUUUUGAUCUAAUCUUCAUAUCUGAUUCAUGGAGAACUUUGAUGAUUAUCUCUCUCUGUUUUUUUUUUUUUUUUUUUGGGUGCAAUUUUGGAGGCAAAAGCUGUCUUUAUCAGUGACAGGAACAUUGGUUACACUUCGAAGCAUUUCAAAUUCCUUGAAAUAGGGUAUCAAAUUUCAAUGGGAAUCUAUAGAAAUAAGAAACUCUUUCUAUCAAAGAGCAGUUGCGUGUUUGCUCUCAUCAAACCUGUUUUAGAGGCAAGAUCUCCAAUAAUGACGGGCUUCCUCAGUUGUUGCAUAUAGUACAUGAGCUAAUAUGGUUCUGCUCAUCAGCCUCGAUACGGUUUCCUGACACACAUAAUUCCAUAGCUGAAUUUUGGAGAUCUAAACCGUUGAACUGAUGAGAUGGACAAUUCAUGGAAGGGAUCCCAACUCUUUGACCUGCGAAGGUCUGCUUUUCAAAGGAAAAUAGUUUAAUGAUCGAAGGGUUGAAUUUUCCCAUCUGAGAGACCUUUUGGAUGUCCCCAACAAUGGUGUGGCCCAUCAUUCAAAUGGUUUGGAUCAUUGAAAUGUAUCCCCAUGUGGGAAUCUGUGCAUCUGAAAACAGCACGGUUGUUGAUGAGAAGGUGCAUAUAGUUCCUAUUACAUUAUUAAAAGAGAGAUGAGAAACAUUGACACUCCAGUGGAGUUUGUAGUAUAGAUGCAAGCACAGCUAGUCUACCUAUGACAUAGAGGGGCGUCAUUCCAGAACCCUCAGAUUGACUGAAUUAUCCCAAUCUACUGUGAGUGGACAUUUUUUU